GGCAAACCUUCCCACUUCUGCCGACAAGGCUGGAGUUUACCCAGCAAUGAAAUUGGCGACCAGAACAAACGUCAUUUCAACCCCAUCCCAACUUUUCCUUCAUUUCGCUUGAUAUAUAUUCCAGAAUGGGGAUCAUAACCAAAUUCCUCGGCACGGCCGUCCUCGGUGGCGCUGGUAGCGCAGCCGGGUUCGCGUUUUGGACUAGAAAUUGUGAGUGGGCGCUAUCGCAAUCAACACCGACACGCAUCUUUGGCUAAUCUCCAAUGCAGCGAAAUUCAUUCCUGUCUCCUCUUCAGACCCCCUCCUCGCUUCUCCCACGUUUCUGCGACAUAAUCCGAAUAGGAAUCCCCUUACGCACGACCUUUGCGUAAAACGUGUGCCGUUGUCGAGUAUACAGUCGCAUUUACUGGAGAAGGAGGGGGAGGGGAAGUUGGUCGAGGCUUUUUGCGCGGGGUUGUGGAGUGGUCUGGGUAUGAUAUACAGUAUUUCGCAAUGUUCAGGUUUCUGCGUCAUGUCCUCCCCGCGCUGCGCUGUGAUUCGCUGCGCUUCUAGCGACUUGCAAACAGUGCUGUGAUACUUGAGUAGCACAAAUGCGACCGAGAGACUCGAUCAUGGAGAGAACACCAAGAACCCACCUUGGCAUAGAAUCAGAAGCGACAGCUGACACCCAUAGGCUACGCACACCAACGCAGCUACCUCUCCAAGAAAUACCAAAACACCACCACAACCGCCCAUCAACUCUGGUCGCGCGAACAACUCCGGAACUCAACCUACGAGGUGGGCACACAAAUCACCGACCACUUCGAAGUGGUUUCCAAGAACCCGUCUUCCAUCGUGGUGCGAUGCGGCGGGUCGCCAUUAAUCAAAGAAGUCCGCGACUCGGAGGGACUCUUCGAGAUAGGCGUCGAGUUAAAACGGGAUGAAGGCGUUGCGGAGUUCAGAUUGAAGAGUGCUUUUUUUCAAGGAAGGGGCAAGGCGGAGGGGAAACCGAUGCCGGAGCAUAUUGAGUUUUUGCAUCGGUUGUAUACGAAGUUGUGGAUGGAGACUGCGGUGAGGAAUGUUGUGAGGUAGGGAGGGGAGAUACAGGUCAUGAUCUUUGUAUAUAUUCCAUUACUUGUAUAUACCCUCGAACCAAGUAAUACCCUCGAAAGAACGGAUCCUUGAUAUCAGAUCCAAUUUCAUCAGAAUCUUAUAUCCAACUCAACCCAU